AGGGCUCCCGCCCGGCCGCUCCUCCCGGCGGGGCUGAGCAGGGGGCGGAGGCGGGCUGCCAAGCUGCUGCCGUCACGCGCGCCUUUUCCCUCAGCCCUUCGCCGAGCCCCCGCGGCGGCCCCAGCCCGGCUCCCACGCCCUCCCCAGCCGGGUGGCGGGCGGCAGCGCCAUGCAGCCUCCACCCCCUCCCCCUCGCCGGCGCUGAGUCCAUGCCAUGCUGCUGCCGCCGCCGCUCCUGCCGGCGCUGCUGGCCGCCUGCCUGCCCCCCUGCCAGGGCUGGAGCCCCGCCGCGGCCGGCGGCGGCGGGCCGGAGGAGCCCGAGCUCUCGCUGCCCCCCAUCAACUCCUCCUCGCGCUCCCGGGCCAGCCUGGAGCGGGACCUGCGCGGGAUGGGCGGGCAGGCUCCCCGCCGGGAGCCGCCUCCCGCCGGCGGCCAGCCGCCGCCCCAGCCCCCCGAGGAGGCGCCCUGCAACAUCAGCGUGCAGCGGCAGAUGCUGAGCUCGCUGCUGGUGCGCUGGAGCCGCCCGCUGGGCAUCCCGUGCGACCUGCUGCUCUUCUCCACCAACGGCCACGGGCGGGCCUUCUUCUCCGCCGCCUUCCACCGCGUGGGGCCGCCGCUGCUCAUCGAGCACCUGGGGCUGGCGGCGGGGGGAGCCCAGCAGGACCUGCGCCUCUGCGUGGGCUGCAGCUGGGUGCGGGGGCGCAGGGUCGGGCGGCUCCGGGCAGCGGCCGCCGCCGCCUCCUCCUCGCUGUCCGAGCCCGGCCAGUCCUGGCUGCAGGGGGAGCCGCUGAAUUUCUGCUGCCUGGAUUUCAGCCUGGAGGAGCUGAAGGGGGAGCCGGGCUGGCGGCUGAACCGCAAGCCCAUCGAGUCCACCCUGGUGGCUUGUUUCAUGACUCUGGUCAUCAUCGUGUGGAGCGUGGCCGCCCUCAUCUGGCCGGUGCCCAUCAUCGCCGGCUUCCUGCCCAACGGCAUGGAGCAGCGGAGGAGCACCGCGGUGGCUGCGGGCGCCACCGCCGCUGGCAAAUAACCCCCCCCCUCCUCUCCCGUCCCCUCCCCGGCCGCCCUCCGCCCUUUGCUGUGCGAUCCGCUCCCGAGACUGGGGCGGACGCCGGUGGACUCGCAUCCCCUCCCCGCGCGCUCUUUGUAAACGCUUCACCCUGGGCGGCUGCGGGGAGCGCUUUAAAGCCUUGCCCAGGUUUCUUGGUGUCCAGUGCAGGCGAGUGCGGCGCUUUGCGGAGCGUUGCUCCCCUCCCCAGUAGUCAAAGGGAUUUUGUUUUCUUUUCGUGUGCCCAAGAUUCAUAGCAGAAAACGACCAAAUCCUGUGUAUUUGUUUUCUAUAUUUAAGAGCCGUUUUAAAUGGACGUUUUAGUAAAAGACAAAAACAAAAAAAAAAAACACCCCCAAACAGACGAACCCCCCCCCCGUUCAAUUGCAGUUGUUUUUAGUCAGAGUAGCUAUUUGUAUAUGAACCAAUUUGUCUUAGCAGUUUUAUUUAUAUCAGAAGAAUCUUUUCUGGCAGGAUUUAAAACUGAUACAGUGUUAUUGCUGAAGCUGAACUUUAAUGAAACUUUUACAGUGUAUUUCCCAUUUCGGAUAAUGUGUAUUUAAUAUUGUAGUUCUGCGUUACUUGGCUUUUAAUACAGAGAUUUUCUUUCUGGAAGUCAU